GCCGGAGGCUGUCCGGGUGACUGCCCUUCCGGGAUGGCGACAGCUCCACGGCCCAGGGACAGCGGUCUUGCAGAUGCCGCGCCCUCGUGGCUGCAGCGCACAGUCUCCGCUGCUCUCUUGCUCCUGUCCCCAGGACCCGCAGUUCCCAGCCUGGAGUCGGGUGUCCCGGGUGGCUUGAGGACACGGGGUGCUUGGCAGAUGUCGAGCGGCGCCGCCUGCCCAUCCUGACUGGCAGAGCCUAGGCUGCCAGAGCGAGGGGCCUCCCGAGGCUACGUGCGGCUCCUCUCGCCUACGCCUUGUGCUCCAGCGGCUGCGCAGCGGAGCAGAAAGCUGCGGUGGCGUGCCUCGGGGACCCACAGCCCCGCAGUACGGACCCCCUACUGAUGUCGCAGGGACACUGGGUUCCCUGGUUGCUGCCCCAGGCUUAAUGAUUGUCCAGAAGGUGGCUAUAAAGAGCCUGGGUGGAGGACAGAGAGAGAGCUCAGAAAAACACAGCUCAGCAGAUCCAGGCACUAAAGAGAGCUAGCUGCAAGCAGUCAAGAGUCUGUGGUCAGAAGCACUGAAAGUGGGCUAGCAGGGCCAGCUUUUGCUACCAUGGCAGCCCAAGGCUACGGCUACUAUCGCACUAUCAUAUUUGCGGCCAUGUUUGGAGGCUACAGCCUGUACUACUUCAACCGCAAAACCUUCUCCUUUGUCAUGCCCUCCUUGGUGGAUGAGAUCGCUCUGGACAAGGAUGAUUUGGGACUCAUCACAAGCAGCCAGUCGGCAGCCUACGCCAUCAGCAAGUUUGUGAGUGGGGUGCUGUCGGAUCAGAUGAGUGCCCGCUGGCUCUUCUCCUCUGGACUGCUCCUGGUUGGUCUGGUCAACGUAGUCUUCUCGUGGAGCUCCACGGUGUCAGCCUUUGCUGCUCUCUGGUUUCUCAAUGGUCUGGCACAGGGGCUGGGCUGGCCCCCCUGUGGGAAGAUCCUGAGGAAGUGGUUUGAGCCAUCCCAGUUUGGCACUUGGUGGGCUGUGUUGUCAACCAGCAUGAACCUGGCUGGAAGUUUGGGACCUAUCUUGGCAACGAUCCUCGCCCAGAGCUACAGCUGGCGCAGCACACUGGCCUUGUCUGGGGCGCUGUGUGUGGUUGUCUCCUUCUUCUGUCUGCUGCUCAUCCACAACGAACCUGCUGAUGUUGGACUCCGAAAUCUGGACCCUGCCCCCUCCAAGGGCAAAAAGGGCUCAUCAAAGGAAGAGAGCACCCUACAGGAUCUGCUGCUGUCUCCCUAUCUCUGGGUGCUGUCCACUGGCUACCUCGUGGUCUUCGGAGUAAAGACUUGCUGUACAGACUGGGGCCAAUUCUUCCUUAUCCAGGAGAGAGGGCAGUCCGCCCUUGUGGGUAGCUCCUACAUCAGUGCCCUGGAGGUCGGAGGCCUUGUAGGCAGCAUUGCAGCUGGCUACCUGUCAGACAGGGCCAUGGCGAAGGCAGGGCUGUCUCUGUAUGGGAACCCUCGCCACGGCCUGCUGCUGCUCAUGAUGGCUGGGAUGGCAGCAUCCAUGUUCCUCUUCCGAGUAACAGUGACCAGUGACUCGCCCAAGGAUGGUUUCUGGACUCCUGCUCUCCAUCCUCUGGCUGAGCUCACGGGCUUUACGGAGCAUGAGAUCUGGAUCCUGGUGUUGGGAGCUGUGUUUGGUUUCUCUUCUUAUGGUCCCAUUGCCUUGUUUGGAGUCAUAGCCAAUGAGAGUGCACCUCCCAACUUGUGUGGAACCUCUCAUGCUAUUGUGGGGCUUAUGGCCAAUGUGGGUGGAUUUCUGGCUGGCUUACCCUUCAGCACCAUUGCCAAGCACUACAGCUGGAGCACAGCCUUCUGGGUAGCAGAAGUGGUUUGUGGAGCCAGCACGGUUGUCUUCUUCUUGCUUCGAAAUAUCCGCACCAAGAUGGGCCGAGUAUCCAAGAAGGCAGAGUGAAUUGAGUAUUCACUAUGGAGCAUCCCCAACUGCAGCCUUACUGGCAGGACACAGGAAGGGAGAGCGGCUGCUCUAGCUAACACAGAACCUUUACAUUUCUGUGUUUGCACUGUCUCUCUGAACCUCCAUGGUGCUGCAAGUUACCAGUGGCUAAUGAGGUCCCAACUCCCCAUCCUAUGCUCUGUUUAAAAUGAUGACAUUUGGUUCUAGACUCCAUCAGCUUCUGUUUCUACCUUCUGGCAGACAGAGAACGCCUGAAUUCAGGGUGUCUCCUAUGCCCUUCUUCCUCUCCUAGGUCCUGAUCUCCUAGUGAGGCGAACCUGCCUCUGCAGAUGCAGGGUAUUCAUGGCCUGUGGUUUCUGCCGUACCCCAAGGCUUUUUGUCAGGAGGCAAAAUUGUUGCCAAUAUCUCAGUCCCUAAGGGAGGAGAGGAGGCCACCACUCUCAUCAAUACCCUGACAAAAGGGAGGAAUAUAGAGGGCAAACCGACUUGUAUAGAUUAAUAAAACUAGAUUUGAUACUAGCCAGUGGCUCAUCCUUUCAAAGGGAGACAUAAACUAGACAAAGCUUUUCUUGGCAAAGUAUUCUUACCGGUAUCUAUUCUUUCCACCCCCAAAAGGAAAGACUUUUCUCUGGAGUAAGACAGCAGAAGUACAGAUGGACCCUUUUAAGUACAAGCUCAGCAUGCAGCUAACGCUGUACACUUCUAGGUUGCAGGCAGGUUAAAAAGCUUUAAGGAAGGGGGCUCUGAAAGCAUGGGUCCUCACUUAGGCUAUCUGUGACUGGCUCGAGAACUUUGAAGCACGGGUAUUUUAUAAUUUGCUAAAUUCUGUAAGAGAAUAGAACAUACACCACGGGGUCAGAGUUCAUUCUGAGAUAAAAUUUAGCUUGAUUUCAAGUGCAAGUAAGUGUCCCAUUAUCACCACAGCCACCUCAGGCCCCCAGAAAACCAGCAGCUCUGGGAACGCCUCAAGGCUCAAGAGUCAAACUAUUCUGCUAGUUUGUUUAAUGAACACCGUUUAUCUUGUUUUCUACUAGAAGACAGUACCUUACAUUCACAGAAUGCCCUUAGCAGUUCUGCCUUCCCCUCCCCUGACUUUCUCCCAGAUGAUCAGUUAGGACAGAGAACACUAGAACAAAG